AUGGUAUCAGAGCGACGGUCGAGCUCAUACGCCGCCGCCGUUACCGGCGAAGCCAGCCAAGGAGGACAUGCAACUACACCAGCAGUUGGAUCACCAACACGCACGUCCUCAACAGCAACUCCACAGAGGAGUCUUCAUCUGCAUAGGAGCUACGCAGUGGAAGAUAUGGCGAAUCCAUAUUUCCUCAGUGCAAGCGAAAAUCCUUCUGCGAUUCUGGUUAGUCCACCUCUAGCAGGGAGCUCCAACUACGCUUUCGGGUCAAUCUCGAUGAAAAUUGCUUUGAAAGUCAAAAAAAAAUGGUGCCUCGUUGACGGAAGCCUUCCGGCACCAAACAGAGACAACAGCCGCUAUGGAGCUUGGAGGUGCUGCAAUUUGAUGGUGUGCUCGUGGAUUUUUAGAUCAGUUCAUGCCUCCAUCGCUCAGUCCAUCAUGCAUAUAGACAGUGCAGUAAACGUCUGGGAGGAUCUGAGAAAGCGUUUCGCACAGUGUGAUGCUCAGAAAAUCUCCGCCUUACAGAGCGAAUCUACGAGGAGAAGCAAGGUAAUCUCUCUGUUAGUGAUUACUAUACAAAAUGUAGAACUAUGUGGGAACAAAUGA